AUGGCCAAUGUUGAUGAAAUGGCAAAAUUGUUUACUGUUAAUAACAUCGAGGAAAAUCAAAAUAAUAAUAUUUAUUCUAAAAGACAAACACGAAAUCGAGACAUGGUCAUGGAACCAUUUUUUUUUUGGACUAAUCGUUUAUUUGUAAAAAAUUUCAGACCAACUAAAGCCUUUGUUAGAGACUUAAUUGAACUAUUAAGGCUUCAUAUAAUUGCAAAUAGAUUCCGCUCAUUUGCGAUUGAUGUGAAUACUAAAGUAAGUAAAUGGUCAUUAUUCUAUUUGGGGUUGAUUUUGUUUUAUUUAUUUCUAGUUUAAGUUAAUGUUUUAUAUCGUUUAUAAAUUAUAAUUUAUUUAUUAAUGAGAUUUUUGUAAUUUUAAAUAUUUCGGCUACAGCCACAUACCAGUCCCUUAUUGGUAACCGUAGAUCUAUGGCUCUAUCACAACCAUCUGUAUCUCGUUAUAUAAACGAGGUUGUGGUUGCACUAAACUUGUCCGAAAUAUUCAAUGUUGGGUGAAUUUUCCAAAAAUUGUAAAUGAACUCAUUGAUAUCCGUAAUGGGUUAGUUAAAUUUGUUUAUUAAAUAAAUUGGAAGUUAUUUCUAUAAAUUUUGUAUAUUUUAGUUUUUACCUAGAUAUAGGAUUUCCUGGCGUUAUCGGCUGUAUUGACUGUACACAUGUUGCAAUCAUACCUCCUUCAACAAAUUUAAACUUUGAGGAAAACCAACAUACCGAAUAUAUGUAUAUAUGUAGUCGCGAUUUGUUUGCUGAACGAGCAACACGUAUGUUCUCGCUUUCGAGUGCCGUCAUUCCCGUUGUUUUUUCUUUCAGUAAUUUAAUAACAUCAAAAUGCUUACCACGCUCUCAUCGGAAAUUGGUAAGUGUCUACAUAAUAAUAUUAAGUAGGUCAUACGCUCGUGUAACGGCGUACCGUUGGUUCCCACCGUCGCGUGAUGCGCACAGCCAUAGACGGACCUAUGCAACCAGAUCUGGAAUUUAGAAACGUUUUAUUUAGAUUUUAUUUAUAAACGUAAUUUAGAACGUAUAUUUCAACCAAACGAAGUGGUUUCUGAACUCUACAUAGCUCAUUGUCAACCACUAAAUGAAACACGCGAUAAGAUAAAGCAUUUUACUCCAGUUGAAAUGGCAAAAGAAACUGAUAUGAACAUCAACCCAAAAAACGCACCUGGGUACGACCAAAUUAACCCGAAAAUCCCGAAAGAAUUAUCUAAAAAAGCUAUGAUUUAUCUAACACACAAAUACAAUGCCAUCCUACGUAUGAAAUACGUUCCUAAACAAUGGAAACGAGCCCAAGUGAUCCUUAAACUUAAACCAGAAAAACCACCAAGUAACUUCAUAUAGACCAAUUUCGCUUCUUCCAAGCAUCUCAAAAUUAUUCGAAAAACUACUUCUAAAAUGCUUAAAACCGUUGAUAGAAGAAAGACAGUUUAUACCGGAACAUUAGUUUGGAUUUCAAAAUAAACUCUCAACAAUUGACCAGGUCCAUCGUAUCACCAACGUAAUAAGCAAAACGCUUGAAAAAAAGAGUAUUGCUGUGGAGUAUUCCUUGACGUGGCACAAGCUUUCGAUAAAGUUUGGCAUAAAGGAUUACUUAUAAAAAUACGUGAACAGUUGCCACACGCCUUGUGCGCACUUUUCGAAUCCUACCUAACUGAACGUAAAUUCAGGGUCAUUCACGAAGAAUUAACUGAUUGGAAAAACAUAUCGGGUGUACCACAGCGAAGCGUCCUUGGAUCUGUACUUACUCUACACAGCGGACAUUCCAACCAACAACUAUUCAAUGACAGCCAUGUUUGCUGAUGACACGGCAAUAAUGACAACAAAUGAAGACCAGCAGACUGCGACUUAUUGGCUUCAAAGGUCCAUCAACAACGUUUCCAACUGGACGAAACGUUGAAAGAUUAAAAUUAACAGUGAAAAAUCGGUUCUCGUAAAUUACACCUUGCGUAAAAACAUCUAUAAACCGGUAUUACUAGAUCAGCAAAGCAUCCCACAGUGUGACUCAGCAAAAUAUCUAGGAAUGCAUCUGGACUCUCGGCUCAACUGGAAGCACCACGUUAGACAGAAAAAACUGCAAAUUAAGAAGAAAAUGCGAGAACUAUAUUGGCUGGUCGGAAAACAUUCCGAACUAGACCCCACAAGCAAACGCCUUUUGUACGCAAUGAUAAUUAAACCAAUAUGGACUUAUGGAAUUCAACUGUGUGGUUGUGCCAACAAGUCCAAUAUUGAGAUUAUACAACGUUGCCAGUACAUCGCUCUCUGUACCAUUGUCGCAGCUUACCGGUAUGACAGAAACGACAUUAUCCACCGAGAUAUGAUGAUCACCUUCGUCAAAACAUGUAAAUAACUUUAUGCGAGUAUUUUGAAUGAACCAUAAAAACAAAAUAACUAAAUAUAUUCAUAGUAACGUUACUAAUUUUGAAUCCUAGAUUUGUGAUUCAAAAUUUAAAAUAUUGAAUGACAACGCAUUAUUCCCCAACAGUAAUCAUGAUAUACAUAUUUGGAACAACAGCUCUGUUUUUCGAAUAUUGCAAGAAUUACACAGACGCAAUUAUAGUAAAUUUGAUUUAUUGAAUAUCAUUUCUCUUAAAUCUUUAUUGAUAAAUACAGUUAGGUUUAUUAUUAUUAAUUUAAAAAUAAUAUCAAGUGAUUCUGGAUAUUCGUUGCGUAAAUGGUCAUUAACAUCAAUAUCAAAUCUUACCACUGAAGCCGAGGAAUAUUUUAAUAAAAGGUAAUUGUCAAUCAAGUAUAAUUGAACACUGUAAUGGACUAUUAAAAAUGCGAUUUAGGUAAAAUCUCUUUUGAAAUAUAUUUUUUUACCUAAUUUUGACAACAAACAUGUUUAUAUAUUUUUUAGGUGUUUAUUAAAAGAUAGGAUUUUACGCUAUAAACCUGAAAAAGUUUCAUCCAUUAUCAAUGUAUGUAUAGUUCUGCACAAUAUGUGUAUUACAAACAACGUUCCUAUGUUUAAUGAAAUUAAUGAUGAAGGGCUUAAUAACUUGGGGAUGGUGGAAGAUCAAGAAAUCUUGCCUAAUUUAAACAAUCAAAAUGUAGAUUUAAGUUUAGUAAGAAAACAAAGAAAUAGAUUAAUUAGAUAUUUAUUUCAAAGAAAUGUUUUAUAAAUAUAUUAUUAUUACUAUAUUUUUUCUUAAUAAUUUCUUGGAAAAAUUCUUGAUAAUUUGUUUAACUGUCUUAAAUUAUAAUAAAACUCAUAAAUAUGUAAUGAUCUUUAUUAUUAAUAAAAGACAAAAUAAAAUGUGUGUCAUAUAAUAUUAACAUGUAUAUACGAAAAGUAAAAUAUAAAAACCAAAGAUAAUAACUUGCAUAACAAUCAAAUAAAAAAUAAAUAACAGUUUGGUAAAAUAAAUUACUUCCAUAACUAUUAGUUAAAAAUUAAAAUAACAAAAUAAAAUAACAUUUUGGCAUUAAAUGAAAAUUAGUAAAUUUAAGGAGUUAUUCUUUGGUAAAAGAAAUUAAUAAUAAAAUAUAAUGAAAUUAGUCUUUAGUUUUUAAAGUUUUAUUCGCAACUUUUCCUGUAUAAACACAGAGAAGUGUUUUUACAAAUUUUCAGCUAAGUAUAGAUUUGUAAAUUAGAAAAAAAAUAAUUAUAACUAUAAAAUAAAUAUUUACACAAAACAAAGUAACUUACUUUCUUCAUUGAUCUUAGCUCUGCUCUAUUUAAUAUGUUUAAUUGAACCGCGAUAUUUUCCCAUUUUUGAUGAGCGAUUUUAUGGAUUAAGGAUUUGAUGAACUUGCCCGAUCAUAAUUCUAGAUCAAGAGUCAUAAAAUAAACCAAAAACCUCAUUUGAAUUUGAGUUGGCAUUGAAUUUGACAUUAUAUAUUUUAUGUUUUAGAUUUUAAUUAAAUAAAUUUAUUGUUUAUAACAUUCAAUAUUCAAUAAUUUUUACUCAAACGAUUUUCGUCAAAAUUUUUACAUUAAAUACCCUUAUGAAAAAAUAUACAUUAAACUGAAUUUUUUUUGACCACAAAGUAAAACUUUUAAUGAACCUCUUGUUAAACUUUUACGCAUUUCUGUUUAGUCUAACAAUUUUACCAUACAGUACCUACCUAAUAAAAAUUUCAUAUAAAACUCGUAAAAUUAAAAUUUCUAUAGGUAGCUCAAAGAAACCUGUUAAGGAACCACCAAAAUUACCUCGGAUAAUUACUAGAUCACCUGGAAUAUCGAAACAUAACGGAAAACGGAAACACAAAGAGAUAAAGAUUGCAACUUGAAAUAUUUAAAACUUGUAUAGAACGGGAGCAUAUCAGACCUAAGCAGGUUCCUUAAAAAAGUACAAUGUAAAUGUAGCGGCACUACAAAAGUUAAGAUGGACCGGAGCUGGACAAACUAAAGUUGACAACUAUGCCAUAUACUAUAAAGGUUUAGAUGAUAUAUAUCAGUUUGGUACAGGAUUUGCUGUACACAAAGAGCUCUCGACCUGUGUUAAAAAAUUUAACCCAAUAUCGGAACUUUUAUGUACCAUAAAACUUAGUACAAUGCACAUGAAUAUUUUCAUUAUGAACGUUCAUGCAGCCACUAAAAGUAACGAUGAAACAGAUAAGGAUGACUUCUACGACGAGCUAUUAAGAAUUUAUAAUCACGUAUCUAGAAAUAUGAUCAAAGUCAUAGAGUUUAGUAAGUGA